AUGGCUACACCCAUAAACCUCGCCGCACGUCAAGAGUGUUCCACUGAAGGCUUAGACUGUGACGGCGACGGGAAGCUCUUGAUCCAGGCCUGGAACGAGGCCAUAGAUGGUAGUCCCGCCUUCCUACUCUUUGCCAGCACUCUAACGACGUUGCUUCUCCCAGUCUUCAAUAGUAUUUGCUCCAACCCUAAUAUCAACUCGCCAUUAUCGUUUACGGUUCCAGAACUAGAACCACCUUCCACCACCCUGGCUGCUACCUAUUCUGCUUCAACCACGACCAACGUUGAUGCCUAUGGUGCUGCAACUGCAGCACCACCGUCAGUAUUUACCUCGGCGGCGGGUGUGAAUUCAGAUGACGAUGACAUUCACCCUGCCGAUGAAGAUGUCGCUGAUGAGUGCUCAUUGGAACUCAAGGAGAUAUUGCAACCCGCCCCUCGGGAACCAUCGCCUGGCUCGGGGACAACUCUGCCACCCUCGAGAGGAGCUGGUCGAGUGAUUUUACCCACCUCAUCUACGACUCCAGGUCCUGCGCAGACACCUGCACGCGCCCUACUCACGGUCACCUUCAUCACAGACGGAGCACCUCCAACGACGGGUUCUGCCUCUCGCAGCUCCGGCACCCCUCAGGCCCAAGCCACGGUGGUAACGGGGGACGAACCAGAGACGGUGGCAGACUCGGAUACGACGUACACGCCCACACUUAGGCUGACGCCGACUCCGGCUUCCAUGGUCGUGGUGUCCACGAUCACAUCCUCCGGGCUCACAAGUACAGUGCUGACAACGAUCGUUCGGACACUACCUGCGGAUCCCGGUUCUGGUGAAAUGGUGCAAAUUGCGAGCAGCCGGGUCGAGAGGCCCCUGCGACCUAAUACGCGCCCCGCCGUAGCAGAGACCCCGAUGGAAGAUAGCGCUAUCAGUCAACGCAGAUCUGGAUCUUCUGCGACGUCAGCGUCUGUUCCAACAGCCGGAACAAAACUGGACUCGGACGAGUCGGAUGCGUCCAGGGGAAGAUAUAGUAUUUCGAGGAUAUCAAGUCCUGUGGCCGUUGCAUUUUUGUUUAUCAUUUUACACGCACUUUCAUGA